AUGCCCAUCUAUCGCUUCCCACUUCGCCGUCUGCUCGGCCGCUACAUCCCCGAGCCGCUGCCCCCGGCCGGUUCGUUCGAUGGCAAGACAGUCCUCGUCACCGGCGCAACGUCCGGCCUCGGCCAGGCUGCCGCGCAGCACUUUGUCAACCUCGGCGCCCACACCAUCAUCACCUGCCGCGACGCGACCCGGGGAGAGAACGCCAAGAAGGCAAUCGAGGCGGCGUCCACCAGCUCGACAGGCAGUGUGACGCUCAAGGAGCUCGAUAUGAACUCGUACGAUUCGUGUGUCAAGCUCGUCGACGAUCUGAAGGAGGACCUCGCCGGCAAGGGUGGGAUCGACGCAGCCGUCCUGAACGCGGGCGUCCUCGGCGCGGAAUACGUCGUGAGCAAGGAGGGAUGGGAGGAGACGCUGCAGGUCAACACGCUCAGCACCUCGUUGCUGGCCCUGCUCUUCGUAGACUGGAUGAAGGAGGAGCGGAGCGUCCGACAAGACCCGGCGCACAUCGUCAUCGUGACCUCGCGAGAUCAUCUGUACACCACCAAUGAGCAGUGGGAGAAGUACUCCAAGGAGGGCGGCAUCUUGCAGCACUUCAGCGACAAGAAGAACUGGCCCGCGUGGUAUCCCACCGCCAGGCCUCACUACGCCGAAAGCAAGCUCCUGCUCACAUAUGUUAUCGAGGGAUUGGCUGACCUAGCCCGCGGGGAGGAUGGCGAACCACAGGUAAUCAUCAGUCCCGUCUGCCCCGGUCUCGUCCGUACCGACAUUGCGCGCAAGACCGCCGGCGUCAACUGGUUCUUCAAGCAUGCGACACACCUCUACUUCUUCAUUGGUGGCAAGAUACCAUCCUACGGUGCCAGAUACUUUGUCAAGGCGGCUACGCGACCCAAGGAAGACCACGGGAAAUUCGCCAUUGCCUGGUAUUCAUACGAGAACUACCUCAAGUUGGGCCAGACGGUGCGCGCAGUCACCUGUGCACACGCACGAAAGGUGCAGAAGCUGGUGUGGGCGGAGGUGAUUACCGAGCUGGCCACCAAGGUGACGUCGAUGGGCAAGUAUGCCCUUCCCAGCAGCAAGCCGGUAGAGGCAGAAUAA